CGUUGCCAGUGAAGAUCGCGGCGAGGAAGUGUCCAAAAAUUAAAAUCACAAAAUCGAAAUCCUCAAAUUACUUACCGUGCGCCUCCGCUUGAGAUAAUAUUCGAAUAGCGACAAAGCCCAAAUCGGAGCUCCUCAAUUGUCGCAGACGUCAGUCGCCGUGCGAACCUUGUCGCGAUCGGACCUGUGUAAGCGGAAUCAACCCGGAGAACUACCAAUAUCGUCAUCAUUAUCACCAUGCUGCUGGUGCCUAAUCUUAUCGCCGGUCUCUCCGUGGGCCUAUGCGUCUGCCUUUGCUUUGGACCGGGUCCGGUGGAAUCGCGAACGCAUCCCAAGAACUUGGUGGAUAAGAAACUGGUCACAAUCUAUGGCAGCACACCGCAUGUGGAGGCACUUCUCGGACCCGGACGUCCCACGCCUGAUACCUACAAGACGCUGAGGAGCGCCUUCUUCCGUUACGAAGAGUCGCGCUCCUUGGGUCAUGAUCUGGAGCUAACCUCGCGAGAAAUCAAAGCCAAUGAGACAAUCAUGAAGGCUAAGCUUCAUGAGUACACGGAGGGUUUGAUCACGCCGCAUCUCUUCAAUCCCGCUCAGCAUAUCUUUGAUGUUUUGGAGGGCAUUCAGAAGACCGAUCUGUUCCAACUGCUAAAGAAGAUGCCCAAGGGAGCUGUGCUCCAUGCCCAUGACACGGCUUUGUGCAGCACCAAGGCCAUCCUGAAGCUGACCUACUACGAUGAUCUUUAUGCCUGCCAGCAGAAUGGAGAUUUGGCCAUCUCGGCUCUCAGGUUUGCCAAGGAGCCGCAAAUGGAUCGACCGGACUGCAAGUGGAGUCUACUGAGUGAGCUGCGAUCAAAGUAUACAGCCCAAAGGGUAGAUGAGUAUCUGGAGGAGCGCCUCACCCUGUAUCCCACGAAGAAGUUUGAGGAUAACAACGCGGCAUGGUCUACCUUUAUGACCAUUUUCGAGUUGCUCGAUGGCCUGGUGAUGUACGCUCCCGUUUGGGCAGAUUACUACUACAGCGCCUUGGAAGAGUUCUACGAGGAUGGAGUCCUGUAUCUGGAGUUCCGUUCUCUGGUGCCAACGCUCUACGACAUGGAGGGCACUCAGUACACUCCCAUGGACACCGUUCGCAUCUAUGUGGAGACUUUGGAGAAGUUCAAGGAUGCCCAUCCUGAUUUCAUUGGCUCCCGUAUGAUCUACGCUCCUCUGCGCAAUACAAAUUCCCAGGGAAUGACUGAGUAUAUUGAUACACUGAAGAAGAUCCAGGCUACAUAUCCCGACUUUGUGGCCGGUUUCGAUUUGGUGGGCCAGGAGGAGCUUGGACGUCCUCUGAAGGAUUACAUUGAUGAGCUGCUGGCUGUGCCGGAGGAUAUUGACUUCUAUUUCCAUGCGGGUGAGACCAACUGGUUUGGCUCCACCGUUGACGAGAACUUGAUUGAUGCCAUUUUGCUGGGAACCAAGAGGAUUGGCCAUGGUUUUGGACUGGUCAAGCAUCCGGUGGUGCUGGACAUGCUGAAGAAGCUGAAUGUGGCCAUCGAGGUGAACCCGAUCUCGAACCAGGUGCUCCAGCUGGUCACAGACUUCCGGAACCAUCCCUGUUCGCACUACUUCGCCGAUGGCUAUCCAGUGGUGAUCUCCUCGGAUGAUCCAUCCUUCUGGAAGGCCACUCCCUUGACCCAUGACUUCUACAUUGCCUUCCUUGGCAUCGCCUCGCAGCACUCGGAUUUGAGGCUCCUCAAGAAGCUAGCCCUCAACUCCAUCCAGUAUAGUUCGUUGUCGGGAGAUGCUCAGUUCGAGGCCCUGGAGAAGUGGCAGGUGAAGUGGGAUCAGUUCAUCGCCGAUGUCAACGAGGAGGCCUCCAAUGGGGUGGCCUCAUUCCAAAAGAUCGAUUGACUAGCACGGGUGGUGACGGCGCUCCUGGUCGUGUUCUCUGUCCUCAGGCGCUAGUCGGUCCUCCGUUUCGCAUCCUCACACUACUGCAUCCUCAUCAUCCCCGAGCCAUGUCCAUGCCAAACAUCCAGUAUCUAUCCAAUAUCGUAUUGCUCCGAUAUCGUUGUAAGCUAAUUACUAUGGAUUAGUCAAUAGUUAGACCUAAGACCUAACUCCCCCGAUGAGAUUCUUCCUGUGUCACGACCAUAAAUAUGGAAAGCAAUAAAGAACCCGUUUUUGGUCGUAGC